AGAGAGUCCUCGAAGAAGGUGAUCCGGUGUACUUGCUGUCCGCCAAAGAUCUUAUGUCCGAGAGACUAGAGGCACUUGCCAAUCAGGGCUAUGAACUUCAACCUCGUGAGGACCACGUGAUCAAGUUUUCUGCCGAAAACGUGGCGUUACAACAAGCUAUUGAGUCAUUCGGGUCGAUAGAUACCUCUUACCCUUAUUUUGCGACUUCUACAGCAGAAGGACCUGGUCUACAUGAGGCAAAUGUCAACAAAACCGUUUUUUUCACAGUAAUAACCAGGGAUAGGAAAGGAAGACCUAUUGAAUGCGUGACCUCCGACUUGAGUGUUCAGAUCGAGUCCCCGGAUGGUGCUCUUACCGAGGUUGAAAUCACCUCGCAAAAUAGCGGGAAACACAACAUUUCUUACAUUCCCUUGGUGCCAGGACAACAUCUUAUUCAUAUAAGCAUCCGUAGCUACUCAAUGAACGGAAGCCCUUUCACAGUCAAUGUACCUUUCGCCAUGAGGGACUACGAAAAUAUGACCCAACCACAGCUGCUGAUAGGAGGGCCUGGGGAAGAGGCGGGAAAACUAAAGGGCGCAAGAGGUGUAACAGUGGACAAGGAAAACAGAAUCGUUGUAUGUGACAGGAACAAUUUCCGCGUGCAAAUUUUUGAUUCCUCCGGGAAGUUUCUGUUCGCUUUUGGAAACAAAGGAAGCGGGGAUGGCGAAUUCCCCGGCGGUCCCUUGAGUGUGGCUGUGAGCAACGACGGAAGGUUUUUCGUCUCUGAUUGGAGCGGAAGAACUUUGCAAAUGUUUGACGCCAAGGGAAAGUUUGUGAAAAGAUUGAGACUUCCUGAAGACGAAGAAGAAAAAUGCGCCAAACUCUCAAAUAUAGUCUUUAGCCAAAAAGAACUUCAAGUUUAUAUCACCGAUGGCCAAAAUAGGAAAAUUUAUGUGUUUGACAGUGGCGGGGAGUACUUGUCACACUUUCAAGUUGGCUGUUUGGAUGAAGACGAUGGUCUCCCCAGCAAACUCCAAGGGGUUACAAUAAACAGGAAAGGAGAGAUUGUAGUGUCCCUGGUGAACGAUGGCGCCCUUCAAGUACUGAGCACGGAUGGAAAACCACUGAGACACAUUCCACUUCCUUUCACAAAAUCUAGCAAAGUUUUCGCUCCAGAAGCCAUCACUGUCGAUUCAAAUGACAACAUUUUGAUGGCGGAUAGUAUGAGAAAUUGCCUUCUGGUGUUCUCAGGCGAGGAUGGGCACCUUAUAGCAGAAUGUGCAAGAGAGAGCCUUUGUAAUCCAUAUGGAGUUGCCGUAGAUAGAGUGGGUCGUGUUAUUAUGACUGAUUCUUCUAAUCAAAUUAAGAUAUUCUAGUAUAAGAACUUCAGGGUUAAGAUGUCUCUCUCAUCCAUAGUAAUA